AUGGCCACCGGUGGGUCCGCAGCGCCGCGUCGCAGGCUCCACGCACCGACGUCCAAGGACGUCGCCGACGCGGGCGCCGCACCGCGCGGCCUGCCGUGCAGCCGCUGCCCCGACCCCGUACAGCCGGCCGCGACCCUGGGGCGGGCGCGCCUCGCCGCGGGGACGUCGGGGACUUCGAGCGGCAGCAGCGACGCGCGCCGGGCGCUGGUGGUGGCCGGGCCGGCGUUCGCGGCCGACGGGCUGCGCGUCGAGGAGGCGUGGUCCAGCUCGUCGGACGAGGACGAGGGCGGCAGCGGCGUCCGCGACCGGGCGCCCAACCGCGCGUGGCAGGCGUUUUGGACCCAGCGUCUGACGGAGCUCGCGGACGCGGGGCGGCGCCUGUUCGAGGAGCGGCAGUACAGCGGGGCCGCGCAGUGCUACGGGGAGGUGAUCCGGGCGGUCCCCGGGUGGUCGGAGCCCCACCUGAGGCGGUCGAUGUGCCACUGCGAGCUGGAGCUCUGGGACGCGACCCUCGCGGACGCCAAGGCGUUCCUGGCCCUCCCGCACGACGCCGCGCUGCGCCACGCCGCCUACUUCCUGGUCGCGCGCGCACUGUGCGGCCUGGGCGACCCCGAGGCCGCGGUCGAGUGGGCCGACGCCGCGCUCGCGCACGGCUGGGCCAAGCGCGGCCCCUUCACGCGCGCGGAGACGCUGCGCCUGGCCGGCAUGUGCCGCCGCGCCGCGUGGCAUGCGGCGGCCGGCGGCGAGGCGCCCAACGCGCGCAGGCAGAGGCAGGUCGCGGCCGGGCUGCGGCGGGCCGGGGACGUGCUCGCGCAGAAGCUCGACGGCGCGCUCGACGGCGCGUUUGUCGUCGCCGGGACGGCCGCCGCGGUGCGUCCGCGCAGGGAGGACACGGGAGGGGCGACGGCAGGAGGAGCGGUGGCGGGUCGGAGACUGUCUCCGGAGCCGGUGGCGGGCCCCGUCGCGGCGGUCGUCGCCGCGUUCGCGGACGCCCGCGCGGCGCUGGAGGCGGUCCGCGAGGCGGUCGCGCCGCGGGCCGGCACGGAGCCGCGCGGCCCGGGCGCGGACGACGGCGGCGCUGCCGACUGGACACGCGAGCUGCUCCUCGCGCCGCCGGCCGGUGUUGCGUCUCACACGGCGCUAGGUUCGAGGGCCAGGCAGGGCGUGUGA